UCUGUUAUUUUCUUUUUGAUAAAAUGGCGUCUCUAUCAAUAUCUACAUUUUCUCCCAAAGUUCUUCUAUGUGGAAACGGCAAAUUAAGUGAUUUCUUUCACAUUUGAAAGAUUGAGUUUUUGCAUGUUUUCUGUUAAUUAAUUUGUUUGUUAUAGUUAUUCGAUUUGACCAAUUUCAAUAGGAUUUUCCGAACCCUAAUGUGUAUCUUACAGUCCUCGCUAAAGUUAGAAAUUCUAUGAGGAAAAAUCAAGGUUUAGUAAUAAAAACGCAACUUUAUUGAUAUAAUAACUCAAAACUAAAUUUGGAAUUAUUGAACAUGAUGCACCUCCCAGAAGAUAAUUAGUGUGUGGAAUGUCAAUGUUUUCAUCAUUUUGGAAUUUAAGAUGAACUUAUCUGCUUAAUGAUACAAUUUUGUUGCGCAGGAAGCGAGUUCGUGGAAAAGUCGCAACCAUGUUUACUUCAGAAGAAGAAGUGCAAGCGUUAGUAUUCACUAUCGAAAACAAGAUCAGUUUAGAAGCAGAAGAAGUAGGUGUUUCUACUACUUCAUUGGACGGCAUCUCAGUUGCUGCUAAAACUACUUCUGAGCCACUAGAGUUGAAGAUACGGAUAGAUGUUACUGGUGCGAAAACACAAGAAAUUUUUGACGACGUUUUUUCCAAAAUGGUUGCUGCCGCACAGCCCAUUCCAGGUUUUCGAAGAGUAAAAGGAGGAAAAACUCCAAAUAUACCUAAAGAUAUACUCGUGCAAGUCCUUGGGCCAGAAAAAGUUUACAAGAAUGUGAUCAAGAGAGUAAUAAACUCAAGCAUUGCUGAUUAUGUAGAGAAGGAAGGUUUGAAGAUUACCAAGGAGCUUAGUGUUGAGCAGAACUAUGAAGAGCUUGAAGCAAAAUUUGAACCUGACAGUGACGAGAAGCAUAAGGAUCGCACAUACGACCUAGAGGAACAAACUCAUAUCGACGGGCCUCUACCCUGUACUUUGUGUGGAGAGAACUAACAGAUAAUUCUUCAUGCGUCUAAUAUUUUAUCUUUUACUAGAAUUUUUGUAUCACAUUAGCAGUGAACUAACAAUUUUUGAAGUUUUGACAUACUUCAAUUUCCAUUGCUUAUAAAACUCUCAAAUAUAACUCGGGAAAUGUUAGGUCCCACAGCAAGGUAGGUCCAAUAUGAUGUGAAGAGUUACUGUCUACUAAAAGGUUGGCAGUUGACGCGUUUUUUAUACCCAUCCCCCAUUCUUCAAUCUUAGUACUUCAGGGUGUUUGACCACCUCUUCUCUCGCUCCUCCUUUUCUUGCUUUGUUCGCCAUUGAAAUACUGCCCUGUUCUUGAUAAUUCAG